ACGAGCUACGCGGAAGUUUGCAAAACAUCAGGAAUUUAUACCUUACAAUCAAGAAGCGAGCACAAAGAAAUCAAAUUGGUUUAUACUAGCUCGUAAAAACGAUAUUGGAUAUCGGAUUGGACAAUGAAUACGUUUCCAUGACUUUCCGGGAGAAAUCCAAAUAUAUUGUGCACCUGUCCACCAUCUUGUUAGAUUGAGGUAACACUUCCAAAACUGUUUGGACAGUCGUAUGUGUGGUGAAUCCGUUGGGAUCAACACAGAUUGGUUUCUCUAUCGAGUUUAUCGCCGAAGAUAGUUCUAGUGGCUUAAGCGAGGCUGAACACAAAUCAAGCAGUCAAACACUACAUGGUUAUUAAAGUGUUCCAAGACUUAAAGGAGUUGAUAGUUGCUAAACCUGGGGUGAACGAUGUGUGUUUAAAUACGAAUGAACCUGCUACAGAAGAUGGAAUUCGGAAGUGGGAAUUAUCGACUGGCCUCAAAUUACCUCAGGAUUUAAAAGACUUUUAUCUAACGACUAACGGGAUAGAAUUUGUUUGGUGCAAUGUUUGCAAUGAACGAACUUGUACAAUUGGAAGGAUUAAAAUAAAUAGCCUAGAAGAAUUCAAAUCUGUAAGAUUGGAAUUCACAAAUUCUUCUGGAGAGGAGGAGAUAAGUGGUAAUGAGAAAUUAUUUUUGUCCAGUUUACUGGGUUCCGACUUCGAAAAUUGGCCCUGUGCGUAUGAAUUGGAAAAGUGUCUUAAUGGUACUUCAGUGGUGUACGUCUUUGAUCGUGAUAACGGUGUUUAUGUCUUAAAUCACGACUUGAGUAUCCACGAAAUUUGUUGCACAUUUGAACAAUAUGUGAGGCUGGCAAUUGUUCAUUUGGGUUUGCGUGAUUGGCAACUUUGGUACACCAAUGAUAAACCUAGUCCAAAUAGUCAAGUAAGUUGUGUGUAUUCUCACUUAUGUUUUAGCAACUGUGUUCCCUGUACACACCUGGACGGUUGUACCUGAACACUCCUGACUCACGUGAACAGUUUUUGUUUGACUUACAAAGCUGGGUUCCUGCAUCUUUCAGUGCAGAUAAAGUAAUAAAUUUGGAAACUUCUAGAUUAGAUCAUUCAAAAUUGUCUGGCAAAACUAUUCAGCCAGGGAUUCAAAAUAAACGGGGAAGAUCCAGUGAUUCAUGUAACCGUCGAUCAAGUGAAGUUUGGAAUACAGGAAGAAGAUCAAAGAAGUAAAAAGAAAAUACCAUUAUGUACAGAUGAUAUGCAAUAUGUAUUGUUGUAUUUAUUGUAAACGUCAAAAUUGAUACCACAUACAUCAUAACUCCUAAUAUCAGUUUAACGAAAUUGUGUUUAUGGUUUUAUGUUAUAUUUAUUAUUUAUUAAAAGAAAUAUAGAGUUC